AUGAUGUCAUCAGUUGCCAAGGGCAGCAAAAUCCAGCAGGCUGUCAGCCUGCAGGGAGUUGACCCAGAAACAUGCAUGAUAGUAUUUAAAAAUCACUGGGCACAGGUUGUGAAAAUCUUGGAGAAACAUGACCCUUUGAAAAAUGUCCAGGCAAAAUAUGGAUCUAUCCCUCCAGAUGAGGCCAGUGCUGUCCAGAAUUAUGUAGAACAUAUGCUGUUCCUGCUGAUAGAAGAGCAGGCUAAGGAUGCUGCCAUGGGACCCAUUCUGGAGUUUGUGGUCUCAGAGAACAUCAUGGAGAAGCUAUUCCUUUGGAGCUUGAGGCGAGAAUUCACUGAUGAGACUAAGAUCGAACAGCUGAAGAUGUAUGAGAUGUUGGUGACCCAGUCCCACCAGCCUCUAUUGCACCACAAGCCCAUCUUAAAACCUCUAAUGAUGUUGUUGAGCUCCUGUUCUGGGACAGCCACUCCAGCUGUGGAAGGAGAGCUGGUUGUCUUGCUCAAUCAGCUCUGUUGCAUCCUAGCCAAAGAUCCAUCCAUUUUGGAACUCUUUUUCCACACUAGUGAGGAUCAAGGAGCUGCCAACUUCCUCAUUUUCUCCCUCUUAAUUCCCUUCAUUCACCGUGAGGGGACAGUGGGACAGCAGGCAAGAGAUGCUCUCCUUUUCAUUAUGGCCCUCUCAGCGGAGAACAGCAUGGUGGCCACCCACAUUGUGGAGAACACCUACUUUUGUCCAGUGCUAGCAACGGGAUUAAGUGGUCUCUACUCUUCUUUGCCUACAAAACUAGAAGAGAAGGAAGAUGAAUGGCACUGCCUUCUGAAGGAUGACUGGUUACUUCUGCCUUCUCUGGUCCAGUUCAUGAAUUCCCUGGAGUUUUGCAAUGCAGUCAUACAGGUUGCCCAUCCUCUGAUUCGUAACCAGCUCGUCAACUACAUUUAUAAUGGGUUCUUAGUACCAGUGUUGGCGCCUGCUCUCCAUAAGGUGACUGUGGAGGAGGUGAUGACCACCACGGCAUACCUGGACCUCUUCCUGCGCAGUGUCUCCGAGCCAGCACUCCUCGAGAUUUUCCUUCGAUUUAUCCUGUUGCACCAACAUGAGAAUGUUCACAUCCUGGACACACUGACAAGUCGGAUCAACACCCCAUUUAGGCUCUGUGUGGUGUCCCUGGCACUGUUCAGAACCCUUAUUGGCUUACAUUGUGAAGAUGUGAUGUUGCAGCUGGUUCUGCGGUACCUAAUCCCGUGCAACCACAUGAUGAUGAGUCAGAGGUGGGCCGUGAAAGAGAGAGAUUGCUAUUCCGUGUCUGCUGCUAAGCUGCUUGCGCUGACCCCCGUGUGCUGCUCCAGUGGGAUCACGCUGACACUGGGGAACCAGGAAAGGGACUACAUCCUCUGGUCCAAGUUCUCACACAGUGAUUCAGGCUCUGGAGAGCAGCCUCCUCCUGGGGAAGUAUCUCCGUCAGCCUGCAUCGUGGAGUAUGGGAAAGCCUUGGAUAUUAGCUAUCUUCAGUACCUCUGGGAGGCCCAUGCCAACAUUAGCCAUUGCAUGAAGGACUGCCAAGUCUGGUCUGCUCUUUACGAUGGAGAAUCCCCUGAUCCUGAUACUUUUCUCUCCAGCCUGAAGGAGGAGAACAAUAAAAAUGUGACCUACCCAGGGCUGAGGACGCAACAGCAGAUCCCCAGCCAUCCCAGUUCUCAGCUCCCACACAAGAAGGAGAAGAGCCAGACCGAGUUGGAAUGGGAUGACAGCUACGAUACAGGGAUGUCUGCCCAGUCGGCAGUAAGCCCCUCUCAGCCCUGCGAGGAUUUGGAGCACCCGGCUCCUCCAGUUCCCAUCGAUCCCCCUAAGCACAUUCAGGAGAUGAAGAAGAAUGCCAUCAUGCUGUUCAAAGGUUCUUAUAUAGAGGAAUCUGACUUCCAGGAUGAUGUUAUGGUUUAUAGGCUCUGUGCUGAGAAAGAUGCCCAGGACUCCCACAAGGUAGAGGGAGAGUCUCUGAGACCCUCAGUGUCCCCUCUGAACAAUGGGCCCCUCGACAACCCCCAGCCACAAAUAGAUCCUGAGGAAGAACAAAAUGGGAUCCACUCAAGCUUGAGUCAUGAAGAGCCUGAGGAAGAAUCCCACCAGAACCCUUCCAGGGCAACCUCACCAUCCCACUCAGACUCAGCUCACACAGCACCACUGGAGGAAGACCACAAUCCAGGAGCAAUGGUGGCCGGCCCAGAUGGGGAAGAUUUCAUUACCCAGUAUGAGAAAAUCAUAAAAGAACUGGACUCUGGCUCUGAGGGUUUGAUAGAAGAAAAUUUCCCAACACCUGUUCCCUCACUUCUUGUGCCAGAGGAGGAAGAAACAAAGGAAGAAGAGGAAAUAAGUGAGGCAGAGAGAAGAAAGGAGAAAGAGGAGGAGGAGGAAGUGGAGAACUUUGAGCAUUUUGUAGCUGAGGCUCCUUCAUUAGAAAGCUUGCCUUUCCCAUUUGGGACAAAAGAUCAGACUGCCUUUGCUGGUCGUCACGUGAGGACUCAAGGGGCUCCCUUUACAGGACCAUUUAUCAGCGUGGUGCUGUCGAAGUUGGAGAACAUGCUGGAGAACUCCUUGCAUGUUAAUCUGCUGCUUAUCGGGAUCAUUACUCAGCUGGCCAGCUACCCCCAGCCCCUCCUCCGUUCCUUCUUGCUUAACACCAAUAUGGUCUUUCAGCCUAGUGUUCGAUCCUUGUAUCAGGUUCUCGCAUCUGUGAAAAACAAAAUCGAGCAGUUUGCCUCCCUAGAGAGAGAUUUCCCAGGCCUUCUCAUACAGGCCCAGCAGUACUUGCUUUUCCGCGUGGACAUGUCUGCGAUGACCAGCGAGGAAAUAACCAAAGAUCACACUCAGGACUCCUACAAAACAACAACUGGAAGGAACAUUUUGGACAGUCCUGCAAGGAUGCUUCAGCCUUUCCUACCAAAUAGAGGGAAGAUGCCUGGGACCCUUCCCAGCAUCCCUCUGCCUGUGAGGAACACCAUGCUGGCUGCUGCUCUCUUCCCAGAGUUUCUGAAAGAACUAGCGGCCUUGGCCCAGGAACAUUCAAUUCUGUGCUAUAAGAUCCUGGGUGAUUUUGAGGAAUCUUAUUGUUAGCCCUUCUUAAAAAACAAACAAGCAAAAAAACAAAAACAAGUUUGUGCAGUUAAAAAGGUUUUAGUGUUUUGACCGGUUUUAAAUACAAAGCUGCUUAUAAAAAUUUCUACUUUGAUAUUUCCUGACAAUACUUGAUCUGGGAGGGGAAUGAUCUCUUUCUAUAUUCUCUCGUUACUGGGCCUUAUGAUCUUAUGCUGUCUAGAACCCGAGUCUCAUAAGGCGAUAGUCCACGAGAAGUCUUCUCAUUGCUCAACUUCUCCCCCAAUUUUUGGUUUGUCAUCCCUUUCUCUCCCCUCCAUUGGCCUUUCAGCCGAGAAUGCACCUGGUCUCCGCUUGGACAGACAUUUAUUCGGGGCUGUCCUGGGAGUCCCUGGCAUGCCCCACUCCCUGGAAUCUUUCAUCCCCAGGCACACCUUGACUUGUCCGGGGCCUAGAUGAGAGGAAACAAUUCCGAAUGGGACAUGCCUGAGACUUAGAAGACUGCUCCUGUGGCCUUCCGUCCAAGACACCAGGUUCUUGAGAAGGAGGAAUGGAAAGAAAUGGAAAGAAAAGAAUGGAAAGAAGACCCGUGGGCCUUCCGUGGAUCAACUGACAUUAAGCAUCUCCCUGUCUUGUAAACCCAGGGCUUACUGCAAAACAAGCGUGCUAUUCAACAUAUCUUGCCUUCGGGUGUGGGAAGCGUCCAGCUCGCCGCUGGCCACUGGGACGGUCAGAGGCAAGCUUGAGCCUGGUUAAGGAGGGGGAAUGCAGGGAAUUUUCCCAGUGUGUUUGUGAGUAAGAUUGCUUCAUCAGCCCCCUUGCUCCCUAAAUGCAGACGCCAUGAGCCUUAUCUGGUGAGAUUUGCACAUAAUAAAAUAUUUCUAUGCAAGUGGCAA